GAGGAUUUUGGGUAUUGUGGUUUGGUGUCACGUCGUGGAUGCAGCAUGGCAGCGAAACAGAAAAGAAAACUGGAGGACAUGAGUAUGGACGAGUUCCUGUUGUCAGGUUUUGAGUCCCCAAAUGAAGAUGAACCCAAAGAAGAAUCUCCUAAAAAGGCUAAAAAAGACGGUAAACCUAAAAUAAAUGUAAAGAAGGGUAAAGCCUUUCAACACAAGGAGCAGCUGUCCAGGUUAAAGAGCAAAGAUCCAGAGUUUUACAAGUUUCUCGAAGAGAACGACCAGACACUCCUAAAUUUUGAUGACACAGACACCUCUGAGGAUGAGGAUGAGGAAAUGUACCAUACACUCCCAUCUGUACUGGAGGAAGCCAACUCUGAAGAGGAGGAUGAGGAAAAGGGUAAGAAAGAUUCAGAGAAGUCCAAGAUGGCGGCUGACACAAUCAAAGUCACAGACAAAAUGAUUGAAGACUGGAAAGCAGCUAUGAAGAAAGAUCCCACACCUCGUCUCUUCAGAGAGGUCACUCAGGCUUUUAAGGCUGCUCUCGCCACGACGAAGGGUGAAGGAGACAGUCAGUGUCGUUACAAAGUGGCUGACAGUUCAGUGUUCAACGCUUUGGUCCUGUUCUGUAUCAAAGAUAUCUAUGCGGCCCUGCAGAAGAUGCUCAACUUGAAGCCAAACAAAGACCAGAAAAAGCUGGUGCUCCCUUCAUCUAGUCCAAAAUGGCAUAAAAACCAGACUGACAUAAAGAUGUACCUCACAGGUGUAGUUCAGCUCUUAUCCUGUCUAACAGAAUCAACAGUCAUCACUGCAGUCCUGCAGCACAUCAACCAGCUGAUAUCCUAUUACCUUUGUCUACCCAAGCAGUGUCGUCAACUCGUCAAGCAACUACUGAAGCAUUGGAGCACAGGAGAGGAAACGAGUCGAGUUCUUUCUUUUUUGGCCCUCAACAAAAUCUGCAGACACAAACAGGAAGCGUAUCUCAAUCCUAUUUUGAAGCAAAUGUACAUUUCCUAUGUGCAAAACUGCAAGUUCACGUCUCCCAAUGCGCUUCCCAUGAUCAACUUCAUGCAGAGAACUUUGACAGAGAUGUACUCCUUGGAUACACAGGUUUCCUAUCAGCAUGCCUUCAUCUACAUUCGACAGCUGGCCAUUCACCUCAGAAAUGCCAUGACCAUGAAGAAAAAGGAAACGUAUCAAUCUGUGUAUAACUGGCAGUAUAUUCACUGUCUGUACCUGUGGUGUCGAGUCCUCAGCACCCUCUACCCCAGCGAUGUUCUUCAACCUCUGAUCUAUCCGCUCUGCCAAGUCACAAUUGGCACCAUAAAGCUGGUGCCUUCAGCAAAAUUUUACCCUCUGAGGAUGCACUGCUGCAGAGCCCUCACCCUGCUCUCUAGCAGCACCAACACCUUUGUGCCUGUUCUGCCUUUCCUCCUGGAGAUCUUUCAGCAGGUGGACUUCAACAAAAAACCAGGCCGAAUGAGUAGGAAACCCAUAAACUUUGCUGUCAUCCUGAAACUGAACAAAGUCAACCUGAUGGAAAAAGCAUACAAGGAUGGGCUGAUCGAUCAGCUGUACGACUUGAUCCUGGAAUACUUUCACACUCAGGCCAACUCCAUCGGCUUCCCCGAGCUCGCCUUGCCCACCAUUAUCCAGCUGAAGGCUUUCCUGAAGGUAUGCAAAGUGGCCAAUUACUCGAAGCCGGUGCGCCAGCUGUUGGAGAAGAUACAGGAGAACAGCAGCUUUAUCGAAGGACGGAGACAGAAAGCUGCGUUUGGAGUGGCUGAUUCUGCUGCGGUGACGGCCUGGGAGAAGAAGAUCCAGCAGGAGGGGACUCCCCUCACCAGAUACCACAGCCAGUGGAAGAAGCUGCGGGAGAAGGAGAUCCAGCUGGAGAUUUCUGGCAAAGAAAGGAUGGAGGAUCUGAACCUCCCGGAGAUCAAACGGAAGAAGUUCCAAGAGAAGAAAGAGGAGGACAAGAAGGAGUUUAAGGGUCUGUUUGACUCCGACAGUGACUCGGAUGACGACGACACGGGACUCAAAAUCAAAAGUAAGAAGAGUGAUGAUGAGGAUGAUGAGGAUGAUGAUGAUGACGACUUCGAGGAUCUAUUAGAUCCAAAUGACAAAGGAGCACUAGAGGAAGGAGACUCAGGUGAUGAAGAUGAUGAGGAUGAAGAUGAUGAGACGGCCUCCAAGGCUCCUCAGCCGUUGUCCUCUGCAGCUCUAAUAAAGCUGGCAGAGGGAGAGGAGGACGUGGUUGAAGACCUGCAGCUGUCUGACGACGAUUAGGGUCGCUACAGUUCAUGUCCUUGUUAACGUUUAUAUU